CGUGCCAAUCAGAAGUACUUCCUCCGACCUCGGUCACGUGACCUCCAUGUCCUUGGUUUGGCUAACUUUGACAUGUGAGCUACAGAAACAUGUCUGUCCCCGUGAAGCCUGGCGGUAAAGCCUUGGAUGCUUUGAAGAAUCUUCCACGAAUUAGUCUAGCAAACUUGCGGCCUGAGCCAGGAUCCACUAAGGAGGCAUUAACACGAGGCAGGGGACAGCAUGGCGGAAACAGAAGCGGCAGAGGGCAUAAAGGAGAGCGGCAGAGAGGGAACCGACCACGGCUAGGAUUUGAAGGGGGUGCGACACCCUUCUAUCUUCGUAUCCCAAAAUAUGGCUACAAUGAAGGACACAGUCGCCGUCCUCAGUACCAGCCCCUGUCACUGAAACGACUGCAGUACCUGAUUGAUCUUGGACGAGUUGAUCCCACAGAGCCCAUAGACCUUACCCAGCUGGUCAAUGCCAGAGGGGUGGUGGUCCAGCCUUUGAAGAGGGACUUUGGAGUCCAGCUGGUUGAUGAGGGUGCUGACAUUUUUGCUGCAAAAAUCAACAUCGAGGUUCAGAGAGCUUCUGAAGGAGCCAUAGCUGCUAUUGAGAGGAAUGGAGGGGUCAUCACUACAAGUUUCUACGAUCCUAUAAGUCUUGGGAUUCUGAUCAAGCCCGUGCCGUUCUUCAUGCGAGGGCAGCCCAUUCCAAAGCGAAUGUUACCAGGGGAGGAUAUGGUUCCAUAUUACACAGGUGCUGAGAACAGAGGCUACUUAGCAGACCCUGAGAAAAUCCAGCAGGCCCGGCUCGCCCUGGCACAGAAGUAUGGAUACGUUUUACCAGACAUUUCAAAGGACGAACUGUAUCGCAUGCUGGCUUUGAGGAAGGAUGUUCGACAGAUCUUCUUUGGCCUGGCUCCAGGCUGGGUCGUUAACAUGGCAGAGAAGAAGAUUCUGAAGCCUACUGAUGAGAAACUCCUGAAAUAUUACAGUUCAUAUGUGUGAGGAGAAGUCAUAAAUAAAUCUUCAUGUAAAGUAUGGUGGAAGAAAUCAGAAAAACUGUGUGUUUAAUGUUGAAUCAUGUUUCCAUUUUAUAUUAAAAAUAUGGAAAAAAAAAGCCA